GCACUUUGUAGGUGGAAAAGCCUGCACAUGGACAAGAUGUGAAGCUGAUGUUGAAGUUGCAGAGUGAGAACAAGGUUCCCAAACCAAUCACCAUCAAAAUCAGUGUCCAGGCCAUGAUAUACACCAGUAAUGUAACUGGCAUCAUUCAGAAGGAAGUGAAGGACGAAACUCUGCAGCCUGGUCAAGAACUGUUCAUCCCGAUUGUCGUCCCGUUCUCAGUCUACCGCCAGCACAUGGUGCAUUCUGACAGCAUGAAGGUUUCUGUGGUGGUGACAGACAAACAGAACCCGGACGUCUCCUUCCUGGCUAUGGAUGACAUUGUGCUGGAAGAAUCACCAUGCUCCCUCACCAUGAUUUUCAGCAGGGUCAGACUUUGGAGUGAAGCGAGAACGAUGUUUUACUUCAAGAACCCGAUCAACGUCACGCUGACGGACUGCACCCUGUCUCUGUCUGGAAGCGGCCUGCUGCCGGACUCCCAGCACAAACUGCCAGAUCUGCAGCCCAACAGUGCCAUAAGUGCCACCCUCUCAUUUUAUCCGUACAAAACUGGUCAAAGGACUCUUGACGGCUGAAAUUGACAGCUCUGUCUUCAAAGACAUCAUGCACCUGCACAGUCAAAUAAAAUGGGCACCGGAAGGAAAACUGAAAACUGCAGUGUGUAGGAUGUAAUCCCACCUAGUGGUGAAGUUGCAGAUUGCACAAUGCCAGCUCUAGUCGUGAUUUAGG